AGACAAAUCCCACAUUGACAAAGAAUGGGAGAGAUGUUAGGUCGGAUACUACGGGUUGGAAAAUUUGAAAUCUCUGAGUCCGAGCUUCUUGAUGAGGCUAUUCUUGAAAUUUGGAACAGCAGGAAUUCUCGAGAAAUCCUGCCUUUCAGAAAGCUUAAAUCUUUGGAAGUUUCUGAUUAUAGUAACUGGAGAUACCUUUUAACCCCUUCCAUGGCAUUGGACCUUGCCAACCUCCAAGAUUUAAAAGUCUCAAAUUGUGCCACACUGGAGCAUGUAAUCAAAGGAGAUGGAGCUGAUGGGUUGUUCCCUAAGCUAAAUUCCAUCCAUUUGGAGUCUUGUUCUAACCUGACAAGUUUCUAUGAGGGAAGCAGUAUGCUCAAGCUUCCAUCUUUGAAAGAAAUUACAGUGAAUAACUGUGCAGCAAUGGUUACGUUUGCCUAUUGUUCUUCAAGAGAGCAAGACAUUGUAAGUACUGCUGAUGGUGGAGGAAGUGAAGAAAGGCAUGAUAUUGCUAUUCAACCAUUUUUCAACAAUAAGCUUGAGGUUCUCAACCUGGAGAUGUUAAGGCUGCUUGGAAAUAUUAACAUUCAGCAAAUUUGGCACAAUCGGGUUCCAGAAAUGUCUUCUUUUGUUCUAAAUCUAAUAGAGAUGAUGGAGGGGGUAAUAGUCACAGAAGAAGGAUUUGCAGAAGAAGAGACGACCCAGAAGAUAUUUUUUCCUAAUUUGCAAGUCUUGUUCCUUGUUGACCUUCCCAAACUCAAAAGAUUCUGUUCUGGAAAUUACAUUGCAUUCCCCUGCCUAACAGGAAUUAUAAUAAAUCAGUGUCCUCUGUUGAAGGCGUUCACCUCGAGCCCUGUUAUUGGAGACAUAGCAGUCAGCAUUGAGAAAGCAGAAAAAACCUCUACACUACCUCUCUUUGAUGCAAAGGUGGCAGUCCCUGUGCUAAAGACGCUAGCAAUCAGUAGUAUGGAGGGCUUGCACAAGAUAUGGCACAACCAACUCGAUGCAGAAUCAUUUUGCAAACUAAAAAGCCUUUGCGUAAUUGGCUGUGAAACACUAGAGAGCAUUUUCCCAUUUAGUAUCCAGGAAAGACUUCAGAGACUAGAAGAACUGUUGAUUAUAGGAUGUGAUUCACUAGAAGUGAUAUUUGAAGCUCAAGGACCUGUUGCUAGUUAUUCACAACCUCUGGUAGCCAGUCAGCCAACUUCGGUAGAAACUGAGACCAAGUUGGUACUUCCAAAAUUGACAGAACUGAGGCUUGAAAUGCUACCCAAGCUCAAGGGUUUCUGCCAUUCAAAACAUAUUACUGAAUGCCCAUCUCUGAUGAAAUUGGCGGUGGUUGGAUUCCAGCAGCUAGAGAUAUUUGCUUUAGAAUUUCCAAGCUUCCAAAAUACAACUAGUGAUGAGCAACUUGAGACUCGAGUUCAACAAUCUCUUUUCUGGAUCAACAAGACUACAUUCCCCAAUCUAGAAGAACUGGAACUUGGAAUGAUUGGUAGUCAGAUAUGGCAUGGACAAUAUGCAGGGGACUUUUUUCCCAAACUAAAAAAAUUGGAGCUUAACAACUUGGAUGAGCAAUCAGUUGUUCCUCCUUUCUUCUUCCGGUCACUCCCCACUAUUGAGAAUCUUGCUGUGAGGUAUGCUUCCUUAGAUGAAAUAAUCCAGUGUGAAGGCUCUGGUGGUGAGGGAAGACCUGCAGGUGCACUCACUCAGUUAAGGGAAUUUUUAGUGCCAUCCAUUAUAUCUUUGACGAAUCUGCAGGCUCUAGAAGUUUCAAGAUGUCAUGGACUCAUAAGUUUAAUGAGGUAUUCAACAGCUAAAAGCUUGGUGCAGCUCACAAGAAUGAGCAUAAGUGAUUGUGAUGUGAUAGGAGAAAUUGUGGCAUGCAUUGCUGAUGAAGUGAAGGAUGGCAUUGUCUUCAGGCAGCUCAAGUAUUUGCAACUUAAGGGUCUACCAAAGCUAGCAACCUUCUGCUCAGUGGAAUGCGACUUCGAGUUUCCAUCUUUGGAAGACAUAAUUGUGAUGGACUGUCCUAACAUGCAGUUUUUCUCCAAGGGGGAAUUACUCACACCAAAACUACAGAAAGUAAAAUUGACAGAAGAAGAUGAUGAAGGGCGCUGGGAAGGGGACCUUAACGCCACUCUACAACAGUUGAAAAAGAGUAUUGAUGGCUCUAAUGAAGACUGAACUUAUGCAAACUGGAUUACAUCUAUGUCUCUAAAGAUGUAUGUACAAGAGACUUUCUCUCACGUCCUAAACUAAGUCAAAUGGUUAAUGGCGCAUUCACAAGCUGGAUUUUAAUGCUGUCAAGUUGUCACACCGUCCGGCUCAAAUAAUCACUUCCCUUCCUGAAACUGAACCCUUUUCCCCCCUUAAAUCCACGUUUGAACUCGUAUUAUCUGUGUUUAAUUUCUGUGAGGCUGGCUGGUGUGUGUUUUAUGGUGUGAAGUAAAAAAGAUUGAACUUC